GAUUAAAAUGAGACCUCUCCCAACUCCACAUGACCUUUCUUUGCAAAGUUAUAGAAUUUACAACAAAAGCCCUAAAUGUUCAUUGUCGAGAUGAUUAUAAUUGGUGGGAUGAUGAUACAAAAGAUUAUCAAAUAGGAUGGAAUGGAUUAUUAAAUGAUACAUUUGUUAAUGAUGAUAAUAGUACAAAACGAUGUAAAACACCAUGGUGUUAUCAGAGUAGUGCUCGAACUAAAAGUGGACCAUUGACUGCUAUUUAUACAACUUAUAAGGGUGGUGGUUAUUUAUUUACAUUAGGACGAACAUAUGAUAAAGCAAAAGUUCUUUUAGAAGAAUUAAAAAAUCAAAAAUGGUUGGAUCAACUUACACGUGCAUUAGUUAUUGAAUUUUCAUUAUAUAAUGCAAAUGUAAAUUUAUUUGUUAGUGUAACAAUGUCAUUAGAAUUUACAUCAAUUGGUUCAAGUAUUAAUGAUUUUAAAAUUAAAGUAUUUCGACUCUAUGAUCAUUUAGGUGGUUAUGCUAUUAUUGUUAUAAUAUUUGAAAUAUUCUUUUGUAUAUUUACAAUCUAUGCUAUUAUUCAUGAAAGUUUACUUAUUGUUAAACAAAAAAAAUUAUAUUUUAAAAAAUUUUGGAAUUUACACAGUUUUAUUACAGUUGUAUUUAGUGCAUUUGUUAAUUUCAAUACAAUUGGAAGUUUUGAUGAAGUCUACAGUUAUAUUGUUGGUUUAAUAACAUUUCUUACAAUGUUAAAAUUUUUAAAAUUAUUACGUUUUAAUAAACGUGUUGGAAUGUUAUCAGCAAGUUUACGUUAUGCACGUCGUGAUCUUGGCUCAUUUUCAUUUGUAUUUAUGAUAUUUAUUUUGGCAUAUGCACAAUUUGGUUUUGCUCUUUUUGGUCGAUCAGUAAGUUCAUUUAAAAGUUUUUUUACAUCAUUAACAACAUGUUUUCGAAUGAUGUUGGGCGAAAUAAAUGCACAAGAAAUGGUUAAUAUGAGUCAUCUCUAUGGUACAUUUUAUUUUGUUUCAUUUCUAAUGCUUGUAUUUAUUGCAUUGAUGGGAAUAUUUUUAACCAUACUCAAUGAUUCAUUUGCUUAUGUUAAACAUGAAUUGGCAAAUAGUCAAAAUCAAAAUGAUAUGCUCGAAUUUAUGUGGGGAACAUUUAAAAAAUUGGCAGGUUUUAGUCGAAAAGAAGAUGUAGAUAACAAAGAACUUGUUGAAAUGCACAAAAAACAGCAAUUAAAAGAAGCUUUAAAAGAAGUAGCAGCAAAAGAUCCUGAAAAAGUAUUGCAUAUAGCACCAUUGGCUAUUUUCAAUGAUAUAUAA